CUGGAACCAUCUUUUCUGGUUGAUUUAAGUAGUCGUAAAUGUGUAGCUGAGUUAUCUGCUCCUCAAAGCAUACACGAAGUGGAAGUCUUGCAGAAUGACGAUAAUAGCGAUGUUCUUCUGACGAGCUUCACGGGAGCACAGUGGAUUAUCCCUCUCGAAAACGGUAAUCGUAGCGUGACGGAAGUGCUGACAGCAUGUAUCCCAUCAGAAUUCAAAAAAGUGGAACCUCCAACGUCACAUCUUAACUGUUCCACAGAGGGUAUCACAGUUUUGGAUACUGGUGGAUGUUUUGUCGAACUACACAAUGAUUUGUCAUCGCUCAACGGGGUGCCUAAAAAACGCUUCAAAGUGCCUCCUGAUACAUGGAUGAUACACUAUACCGACAGCGUCCUUUUUGCUGUUUCAAAGCAGUCUGAAGUGCGAAGUGCAGUUCACUUUGGUCUGAGCGCUGUGCGAUUGGAGUUCUCAAUAGUGAAAGGUGCAUGUGAAUGGCGACCACUGGGAUUUGUGCCACUUUCACGUCGAGCUGCUCGUCUUCCAUCCUGUCUAAUCAUCAAUGAACGUGGUUUAAUACGGGUUGUACAGAGUUCGAAUAGUCCGCUUGAAAACGUCGCUGCUGAGUUUCUCUUCCGAAUUCCUAAUUUUUCUCUCGUUUCAAUACAACAUGUGGCCAAACUUUGCUCCAUUGAUGCUCCGCAGCUUCAGCACGUCGAGGAAAGGCUCUAUCGCCACUUGAUCUUCUCCCGUCUACUUUCGAUGGCCAAAACUGCUGAGGUGGAAAUGGAGAACCUGGUGGAUUUGUUCGCCACCUAUCAGCAAGAGGAACAGCUGUUGCCCGAGGUUAGCUUUUCAGUAACCCACGUUUUUUGUUUUGAAUCCAUGCUACAAAAGCAAUUAAAAACGUAUCAACAAGCAAUAUGUCUUUUGAAAUAG